AUGGUGUGUUUGGCAGAUUACUUCAACGAGGUAUACUAUCACGAAUAUGACCCAAACUCUGCUCCGCAGGUCAGGCUCCCAGAUGGAUCACAAAAGGAGGUUGUCAAGCCUACCGUAUCGAUGGCUGCAAUAUACGAGCCUCCAAGACAGUCGAGUGUAGCAUACUGGAAAAGAAGAAGAUUCAUCAUUAUUGCAGCAGCUCUGGCGGCGGUCGUCAUUGCGGUUGCAGUUACAGUAGGGCUUGUAGUAGGGCUGAGGAACUCCAAGGGAGCAUCCUCUUCUACAUUCCCAUCCAACCCGACAGGAUCCGGAUCCCCAGGAUAUUAUAGUGAUCCACCAUAUAACCUGGUGGACGAGGCCUGGGCAUACAAUGGAACAGCCAUCUCGUCCUUGACAUACUCCCCCGCAAGGGAUCAGGAUAGCGCUGCAACCAACUACAUCGUAUUCUAUCAACAUUCUAAUGGGGAACUCCGACGCUCGACGUGGAAUAAUUCCCAAUGGCAUGAUUCGCAAUUCAUCACAAAUGAUGCCCGCCCCCGCACGCCCCUGAGCUCCUACUGGCGCGGAGAAGGUGAUGGUAUCAGCUUCAACCUGUUCUACGUCGACAAAAACAAGGUCCUUCAAGAAAUCCGCGGAAGUCAUUCCAGCAAUGAUUGGAUUAACGGCACAUUGGGAGAGUUGGGAAUAGCAGUUGAUCCGCAAUCAGCUAUAUCCGUCCAGUUUGUUGGCAAAUGCCGUGGCGUUGAUACAGCUUGGCUUGUAUACCACACCGGCAAGGAUAACGAGGCGCGAGUGGUUUAUUGGAAUGCACAGACAGACAGGUGGUCGGCGAAGGAGACCAUAGGUGACGUUUCUGCUACGGCAGGAUUCUCAGGAGAGGCCAAUGACGGCCACUGGAGAUUUUACUAUGUCUCGAAACGAACUCAACAACUCAAUGUGAUGGUUUGUCCGGACUGCUGCUCAAAUCCUUCCACGAAGUGGGAGCAAAAUAUCAAUGGACCCUCUGUGAGCUCUGAGAACGGGGGCAUAGCAGUGACUCCUGUCGGAGGCCCGCGCAUACUCUUUUACCUCGAUGAUGACGGGACCGUUCGAGAGUUGAACAAUACGGAUACUUACCCCCAUGAAACCUGGAUAGAAGAUGCCUCUUCAACGUCGUCUGGCGGAAAUCGAGGAACAAGGUAUGAUACAAACGCCAGCGUUGGACCUGAGGGAUCUCGUGUGAUAAAAACAAUCCCGGGAGGUAGGGUGAGCAUGGCGGCGGGUUUCCGGGGUAAAAUCCAGCAACUAUGGCUCUUUUAUCAGUCUAACGGGACUGAUAUUAGUACUAAGUCCCGAGACGCAGACGCGGCAGGUAAAUGGAGCGCUCCCGUAGCUCUCAAAAUUUGA